AUGCAUUCCCAGCUCGUUGCCGCGCUCUUUCUGGCGCACAAGGCCAAGGUGUCUAUUGAUAUUGCACCAGUCAACGCUCUCGCGAAUGGCCUCACGACUGCUGCCACAGCAACGGAACUGGACCCGGCGCCGUGCAAUACUGCUAUUAAUGCCAUUAACCAUUGCAUCAUUGCCAUCUCCGACUUCAACGCGGCACCACAGGCCACCCAGGCGGCCUGUCUCUGCUGCCAGUCGUCUACGGAACUUGCUUCCGUCUACAGCAGCUGUGCCGCAUCAUUCUCUAAAUACCUCCCUGCCAGCACAAGCGAGUAUACCAUAAACGACCAAAUCGCGAGUUUCUGUUCCGCCGAGACUGCCAACAAUGGGAAUAUCUGCACUGGCACGACAACCGAGACACCCACGGCUCCGGCAACCACGACGGCCACCGCCACAGACUACCCGCCCCCGUGUCAGACGGUCAUCUCGAUAGCCGAAACUUGCGCCAGCAGGUUUGGUCCAGGCAUUCAGACCAUGGCCGACGAUCAAGUUGCCUUGUGUCUCUGCUACACCGGCGCCCACUCGACCUACACCACCGCUUUCGACGACUAUGCCAGCAGCUGCGCCGAUUGGGCUUCAACAGUCGACCCUGAUUUCUACGGAGGCAUGUCCGCCCUCGCGGGCGUCUGCUCCGAAUACCCGCCCACAAGCACCGGUUCCACGUAUUCCACCGCCCAGACAACUUCAGACGAGGCCACUUACCCGACCGAGACCUCUUCCCAAGUGCGCCAGCUACCCGGCCGGCAGCGGCACUCCACUGGCGGCACGGGGUACCCCAAUGGGACCAGCGGCGUUGCCACGACGAGCGCGGUGGUCGUCGUCUCCAACGCUGUCCCCGUUGCAGGCGGCCCGCUGGCCUGGGGUGCGAGCUUGCUCUCGCUCGCCCUGUCGUUCUGCGUCUUGGCUUGA